CAGGCAGCAGCACACCUGGCAUUGCGAUUGAAGUGAACGACUUUUGAUAGGCGACCUUCUCAUACCCUCGUUUCGAAAUCUUACUUCAUUGCACUUUGAUGAUGUCAAUCUAAUUCCUAACACCCUCCCCCGAGAUACCAAAUAAGGCGCGUAGCGGCGCUACAGCGCACUCGCGCGAACGGCUCGCUCUCCUCACUGGUGUGAGUGUGUGUGUCAAGCGCGAGUGGCAGAGACAUGCCAAGAGCAUCGCGAACCUGGCCAGUCAAAUAUGGAGCUUUUUAAAACGAUAAUUUUGGUGCUUUGGAUAUUAUUGCUUACACGACAAAGGGACUGUGACGCCGAAGAAGUUGUCUUGCUGAAUUCUAAAGAGUCCCAGGCUGAGCUGGGCUGGACUUCAUACCCUUCAAAUGGAUGGGAGGAGAUCAGUGGCGUAGAUGAGAAGUACAAGCCCAUCCGCACGUACCAGGUGUGCAACGUGAUGGAGGCGUCGCAGAACAACUGGCUGCAGACGGGUUGGAUCUGGCGCCGCGGCGGCCAGCGCAUCUUCGUGGAGCUUCAGUUCACGCUGCGCGACUGCAACUCCAUCCCCGGCGUGGCGGGCGGCACCUGCAAGGAGACCUUCAACCUGCUCUACGCCGAGUCGGACUGGGACCUGGGCAGGGUGGCGCGCGAGGACCGCUACACCAAGGUGGACACCAUCGCCGCCGACGAGAGUUUCACUCAGGGCGACCUGGGCGAGCGCAAGAUGAAGCUCAACACGGAGGUGCGCGAGAUCGGCCACCUCAACCGCAAGGGCUUCCACCUGGCCUUCCAGGACGUGGGCGCGUGCGUGGCGCUGGUGUCCGUGCGCGUCUACUACAAGCGCUGCCGCGGCACCGUGCAGAACCUGGCCGUCUUCCCCGACACGGUGGCUGAGGCCGCCUUCGCCACCCUGGUGGAGGUCGGCGCCUGCGUCAACAACUCGGAGGUGGACAUGGACAGCCCGCCCAGAAUGCACUGCAGCGCCGAGGGGGAGUGGCUCGUGCCCAUCGGCAAGUGCAGCUGCAGCGCCGGCUUUGAGGAGGGCCACAGUAGCUGCGAACCGUGCCCACCGGGCUCCUACAAGAUGUCGUCGAGGCAGCAGGAGUGUUUCCCGUGCCCAGCGCACAGCGUCGCCGAAGAGGAGGGCUCCGUGGUGUGUGUGUGCGAGGAGGACCACUUCCGCACGCCGUUGGACAGCCCCUCAGCACCCUGCACACGGCCCCCCUCUCCACCAAGGAACCUGGUCUACACCCUCAAGCAGUCCACCCUCAUCCUGGACUGGGCCCCCCCCAGUGACACGGGUGGCCGGGGCGACCUCACCUACAGCGUGGGCUGCAGGCGCUGUGUGCGCGUGGCGUCGGUGGCGGCGCUGCUCUCCGGCGGCACGGACACUCGGUGCGAGCCGUGCGGCCCCAGCGUCGGCUUCGUGCCCCAGCAGAGCGGCCUGACGGAGCGCACGGUCACCGUGGUCAACCUGCUGCCCAACGCCAACUACACCUUCACCGUGGAGGCCCUGAACGGCGUCUCGGAGCUGCUGCCCAACAAGCGCUUCUACACGCAGGUCAACGUCUCCACCAGCCUGGCAGGACCCUCUAUGGUGAGCGAGCUGCGGGCAGAGAAGAUUGAGCAGCGCAGUGUGACGUUGCUGUGGAGAGAGCCCAUCUAUCCCAACCGCAGCCGCACUGAGUACGAGAUCAAGUAUUACGAGAAGGAGCAGAAGGACCAGCGCUACUCCACAGUGAAGACGGCGGCUACUCGUGUCAGCGUCAACAACCUCAAGCCGGGCACCACCUAUGUCUUCCUCAUCCGCACCUCCUCAUCCCCAGUCACCUCCUCCAGCUCCUCCUCGUCCUCCUCCUCGCUGGCCUCCUCUCCACUCUCCUCCUCCUCUUCUUCAUCUUCCUCCUCCUCUGCCUCCUCGUCGUCGGCUUCAUCUUCCUCUCUGUCGUCUUCAUCCCCCUCGCCGUUGGACUAUGGGGCCUACAGUGUGCCCCUGGAGCUCCAUACGCUGGGAGAGUUGGCCCUAGCGUCCAGCGAGCAGAACCCAGUGGUGAUAAUUGUGGUGGUGUCUGUGGCUGCUCUCAUCAUGCUCCUGUCUCUGGGUGUCGGGCUGCUCAUCUGGAGGAGUGGCCUCUCCAGCUCCUCCAGUGGAGCCCCGGCUGGCGUGGUCCUGCUCUCCACCUCCUUCUCUGCUCCCUCUCCUCUUCUCCCUCCUCCUCCUCUCACUCCUCUUCUAUGUCCCAUCACGCAGCUGUCUCCCAGACAAUGUGGCUACAGCAAGGCCAGCCAGGAGGGAGACGAGGAGCUUUACUUUCAGUUCAAGAUCCCCACCAGACGCACGUACAUCGACCCUGAGACCUGUGAGGACCUGGUUCAGGCUGUGCACGCCUUCGCCAAGGAGCUUGACAACUCCAGCAUCAAGAUCGAGAGGAUCAUUCAUACUGGUGACUUUGGGGAGGUGUGUUGUGGCUGCCUGAAGCUGCCUAGCAAGCGAGAGCUGCCGGUGGCCAUCAAGACGUUGCGCGCCGGCUGCUCGGAGAAACAGCGGCGCUCCUUCCUGUCUGAGGCCGCCAUCCUGGGCCAGUUCGACCACUCCAACAUCGUCCGUCUGGAGGGGGUCAUCACCAGAGGGAACACCAUGAUGAUCGUUGUGGAGAGCAUGUGCAAUGGGGCUCUGGACUCCUUCCUUCGGAAACACGAGGGUCAGCUGAGUAUGCUGCAGCUGGUGGACCUGCUGGGCGGGGUGGCCUCGGGCAUGAAGUACCUGACAGAGAUGGGGUUCAUCCACCGCCGGCUCGCCGCUCACAAGGUGCUGGUCAACAGCAGCCUGGUCUGCAAGGUGUCCGGCUUCCGGCCCCUGCAGGACGAGAAGAUCGAAGCAGUGUACACCACGCUUCAUGGUGGUAAGAGUGUGGUGCUGUGGAGUGCUCCUGAGGCCAUCCAGUACCACCGCUACAGCUCCGCCUCUGAUGUCUGGAGCUUCGGCAUCGUCAUGUGGGAGGUCAUGUCCUUCGGGGAGCGACCCUACUGGGACAUGGGCAAUGAGGACGUGAUCAAAGCCAUCGAGGACGGCUUCCGGCUGCCGGCUCCGGUGAGCUGCCCGACGCCGCUGCACCAGCUGAUGCUGGACUGCUGGCAGAAGGAGCGCAGCGAGCGACCCAGCUUCAGCCAGAUCCACAGCGCCAUCAGCAAGAGCAUCCGCACGCCCGACGCCAUCGGCUCCUCCACACUGGCACGCAGGACCCUGAGCUCGUCCAUCUCUCUGGCGGAGAGGAGCUGCACACUGCCCUCCUUCCCCUCCUUCAGCUCGGUGGGCGAGUGGCUGGAGGCCGUGGACAUGGGCCGCUACAAGGACAACUUCACCGCCGCCGGAUACUGCUACCUGGAGUCUGUGGCCCGCAUGACUGUCCAGGAUGUGAUGAGUCUGGGCAUCACCUCGCUGGACCACCAGAAACAGAUCCUUUCAGCCAUCCAGUCUCUGAGAGCCCAGGUCAUCCAGAUGCACGGCCGCGGCGUGCAGGUCUAACACACACCCUCUCACACGCACACACAUAUUCCACACGCCCAUCAAACACACGAGACAUGCACCACACACUCAAGACACACACCGAUGGGCCUGAAAGGGGUUCGGAUGUCUGACGGGAGCCCAGCGAGAGAAACCAGAGAUGUGUCUGUUCCCAUGGGAACCGGAGUGUGACGCCCCCCCUACGCCAGGAGCCACGCCCAGAGAUGUGGAGAGCGGACGGGGGGGGGGGUGGAGUUGGGGCGGAUGAGCGUGUUGGACCAGCAGAGGCACUGCAGCACUGCGAGCACUCUUCUCCUUGUAUCCCUCUUUUCCUGUUUUUUUUUUUCUUUCAUCCCUUCUUCUUUCCUCCCUCUCCAUCGUUGGUUGUACACUUAGACCCAGGCAGGCUUCUUAGUCUGUCAUGUGACCUAUGUGCACCCCUUCUCUCUAAUAGGUCAGAGACCAUGUGACCUCACCACACUGAACUGAACCUGCACUCCUCUCUUUCGCAAGUUGUGUGGGUGGGGGGGGGGGAGGAGGUGCCUCACAGUGAUUGGUUGACCACCUCUCUCUGCUUUUACACUGGACUCCGAUUGGAGGAAUAAACUGUUAAGCAGCAUCCGCCCACCCGGAACUAAGUGGAGACAGCAGCUAGCCACCCGCCUCGGAACAGAAUCUGCUCUAACGCUGAAGUGUUCUCACCAUCUCUGACCUGAGAACAGGUGCCAAAAACACCCCAAGGAUCACCUCUUUUACACACCCUGACCUCUACUCUAAUGACGGUUGACUUUGAAGGGUAGAUAUGCUGUUCAGUCAAUGAAACCAAGAGGCUGGGCCACCAUGCUGCACCUUUAGGAGAAAAAGACAGUAUUAGGGAUACAAAAUGUCUGAACUUUAUAGUGAUUUUUCAAUGAUAUAUAUAUCCAAAAGGGGUUUCUCUGUGUUCUUGUCCGUUUGCCUGUCCUGAAAGAGUGUGUCAUUUUUUGUUACACCGAUAGCUUUUCUGUUGUGUUUUUUGUGAACUAUCCUAUUCUUUUGUUGACUGCUACACCUUCUCCUCUCCAUUCACGGUUCUUACUAACUGCGUGGCCAGAUGCGUGGCCAGUUUCUCCCCCUCCCGACUCGCUUUGGGGAUGUUGCACUGUAAAGAAGGAAGGGUCAUGUCCAAAAGUGAGCAUAUAUAUCAUAUUUACUCAAAUAUUUAUUUAUUUGUUUACAAAAAUGUUGUUUGUUUGGUUCAGGGCCGGCCCUAGCCUUUCUUGGGCCCUAGGUGGUUUUUGUUUUUGUUUGUUUGUUUGUUUGUUUUGCAGGGGGCCCCCAUCCAGGGGGCACAGAACUUGGCGUGAAUGCGAUCAAGCAAAAUAAAUAAAUAGUAAAUAAUAAUAAUAAUAAUAAUAAUAAAAUAAAAAUACUGGUUAAGUCAAGUAUUUAUGGAUUACUUAAUAGCUUUUAUCAUUUAUGUCAUUGUGCUUUUUGCUGGUUAGUGUUUUGACACCGUGCUGUAUACUAUGCAAAACCAUUCUAAAUAGAGAAUGGGUUUACUUUCUUAAUUUGAUUGGCCCCACCUCAACAGAUCUUUACAUCUACAUCAACAUAUAAAGUAUGGAGAUUUAGACAACAGAGUUUAAAAGUUUAAAAGAGAACUAUUUUAUUCCAACCAUUAAUCACUCUGGACUCAACAGGUCCGCAGUAGUGUCAAUGGUUGACACAUUAGCCAAUCAAAUUAUUCUAUUUGGUGGGCGUAAUAUAUUGGGGAUGUCAAGGUCUUCUCAGCUCGUACUGCAGGCCUUUCUUCCUAACCACUCUCUGGGUUUGUUGAUGUAAUAUGACGGUAAUGUUAGCAACCUGAGAGGAACAGGGUAAGUAACUUAGUACACUUCGCUAGGUCUUCUGUUCACCCAAAACACGUUUUGCUGCUGUUAAACAAUACAUGAUUUAAAGCAUUUAUCUUGUCUCAUGACAUUGCUUUGAUAAAAAAAAACUUGUUUGGUUGUAGGCUGUUAUUGUUGUAAAAAAAUAACGAAGGUUGUGCAAGAAGCUGCUUCAAAACAACCUAGCUAGCCACAGUAUGUAAACCAUGCCUUUCCUCAUCCCCUUUUUGUUACAAAACGCUUGAAAAUUCGGUGUUUAAGCGUUUAAAGGCCAAUGCCCCCCGCCCACACACACACACACACACACACACACACACACACACACACACACACACACUCUCCAAACUGGUUAACUCCAAAAGACAAAUCGUCAUUGAAAACAGUCUUUUAUUGGAUGCUACAUGCAAAAAGGAACUCUCAAGUGAUGUAAAUAAAUAAUAGCACGGUGGGGCCCCCUGCAUAGUGACAGCCCUAGAAUGCUUGUGCCACGGGUCACCCUGGUUUGGUUGUUCCUCUCCCUUUCUUCUCUCUCUCUUUCUUUUGUUUUUUUUCUUGUGAUGAAAAAUUAUGGAAAAUAUGCUUUCUUGGAGAUCAUUUGGAAAUUUGGUAAAAAAAAAAAAGAAAAGGAAAAAAAAAGCGUUUUGUCUCAUUCCUGCUUUGAGCACAUAUAUCGCCAUGGCAACCUGAUUAAAGCUGAGGUUGAUGGGUUUUUGUUUUCUGCACUUUGUCAAAGUAUUGAAGGGUUCAUUUAUUUAGUAUUACUAGUGGUUCCUUGACGAUUUGAUGUGCUGACCUUACAUGUGCUGACCUUACAACCCACAUCAGAUACUGACAGAUUUUUAUACACAUACACACAAAGACACACCCAAUAUACGCACACACCAGUUAUAGUUUUUUUCUUAAGUGUUUCUGCUGAUUGUCUAGCAGACGGACUGGAGAGCUCCAUUUUGCGGAGAUUAGCUGUGUGUGUGUGUGUGUGUGUGUGUGUGUGUGUGUGUGUGUGUGUGUGUGUGUGUGUGUGUGUGUGUGUGUGUGUGUGUGUGUGUGUGUGUGUGUCAGGGAAAGGAGCUUGCUCCACACUAGUUUGAAUGUGUUGGUAUUUUUGAAUAGGAGCGUUUGCAUAUGUGGAUUGUACAGGCCUUGUCACUUCUAGGCUCUUCUCCUUUCUUAACUCUAUAUAAUGAUGAUUCUUUGGCACAGACAGACAGACAGACAGAAGUCUCCCAGAGUGAGAUAAGAUGUCUUUCUCCUUUGAGGAACAGAUUACGCUCAACCAUUUUUAAUUUCACAUCAGAGACCUCCGCAGCGUCGCAUCGAACACUCGACUUGGGACGUGAUGCACUUGACAAUGUUGCCCGGGCGGCUUAGUGUCUGCCUCGUGUGGGCUGAGUCAUCUUCCAUUUAGUUUCGUCAUUACAGACAAUGUGUGAGGCUUCAUCUGGAGACCGACACUGGCGUCUGGGCUUCAGAAACACCCCACAACUGCAGCACUAAAUAGAGGACUUUUAUCCAAACAACAAUCUAGUUAAGAACAAAGGAUCUCUAUAUCUCCAGCGCACCACUAUUUACAGUAAGCAUUCAUGUCCAAAAUGACGUUAGUAAUUUUCACUUUUCAAUAUCUGAUGAAUGGAAUGGCGUGGAAAAGUAACUUUCCUUUUCGGAGCAACACUUUGUCCUCUUUCCUCUUUGGCACUUCAAGUAUUUUUAUGCUGCCAUUGCUUCGAACUGACUCCGAGCGUACGCUCUGUCUCUCUCGCUCACACACUCCUACAGAAGAACCACGCAGACACGUACCCCCCCUCACAGACGACACGUGGUGCUGGAGGUGAUCAUCAUGGGGCUGAUUGUUACUGAAUGAGUUGCUCCAUUCGUACCUCUCCUCCUUCUGAUCUAUGUGUUUAAUACUGUAAAUAUGUAUUUGAAAAUGCAAUCUAUUUUUAUAAUUUGUUGGAAAGAAACUACGUGUGAAGUAACAUGCUCACUGUGGAGUUUUAGUGUUGAGUUUCGGUGACGAGGCGGAGGAGACAAACGGAGGACUGGAAGUGAAGGUAGCUUUGGAGUAAAAAAAAUAAAAAUCCUUUUUUAUUUUUGGUUCUUUUUUUUUUUGCUUGAUUAUUUUUCCUGUUUUCUGUUUUGUUUUUUGAUGAUUUUUACCUGUUAGAGGAAACCGAUGGUUGUUGCAAUAUAAAAAAUGUGUUAUUAAAAAAUUCUGAUGAUGAAAA